UUUAUUUAGUUUAGGCAGUUGUCUCUUCCGUAUUUCAGUCGAGUCCACUUAACUUCCGUGUUUCGAAGGCUAUCUUGCUGGGUCAAACGGUUUAUCAGAAUGCGGUCUAUACCGGAAGACUUCACGACACUCAUUUCAGAUCUGGAAACAUUCUUGGCGGAUAUCCUUAAAGGGGAAAAUUUGAGCAAGAAAGCAAAAGAGAAAAAGGAUGCCUUCCUCAAGCGCAUUAAAGAUGUGAAAACAAGCUACGCUCAGGAAUUUAAGGACAGACGAGAUGAAGAGUUUCCGGAGCCUGAUGAAGCUGACACCAAUGAUGGUGGAUCGCUGCACUCAGAGCAGACUGACAGGGAUGAUGAAAACGCAUAUGACGGAGUCCAACAAUCUCCACCAGUGGCAGCUCAGGACCUUCAAGCCGUUUUGAAGAGUGGCUACCUGGAAAAACGCAGGAAGGAUCAUAGCUUCUUUGGCAAUGAGUGGCAGAAGAGAUGGUGUGCCUUGAACAACAGCAUAUUCUACUACUAUGGCAGUGAAAAAGAUAAACAGCAAAAGGGAGAGUUUAAUAUUGUUGGAUACACUGUCAAAAUGAACAACACUCUCCGGAAAGAUGCAAAGCGAGAUUGCUGCUUUGAGGUGUCAGCUCCAGACAAGCGUGUAUAUCAGUUCUGUGCUGCGUCUGAGAAAGAGGCAAAAGAGUGGGUGGAGCACAUUGAUUUUCUGAUUAAAGACAUGGGUGGAAUCAUUCCUGAAGACGAAGAAGAGUAUGAUGACUGCUUAAGUAUGAGCCAACCAGAGGUGGCCACACUUCCCGAUGAUGACAUCUAUGAAGAACUCCCUGAGGAAGACGUACCCCAGCCUUCAAAACCAAAGUGACCCUGGUCAACAAGCCCCACCACCAGCACCCCUGUGACAGCUGUGAACAAGAGCACAGACUAUGCAAACUACUUUCAGGGCUUAUGGGAUUGCAUUGGAGAUCAGCCCGAUGAGCUGUCCUUUAAAAGAGGAGACACCAUCUACAUUCUCAGCAAGGAGUACGACAUGUUCGGCUGGUGGGUUGGAGAGAUGAAAGGGGUCAUCGGAAUCGUGCCCAAAGAGUAUCUUUUGGAGCUGUAUGUGCUCUGAAGAGGCUGAGGGUCCUUUGAUGCUUGCUGUUGCAGCUUUAUGAUCCACAAGCCUCUGCUCUUUCUGUGUGUUUCUAAUAUAUUAUUCUAUUUAAUAUGUAUAGCAAACUGGCCUGUUUAGAAGCAUCAGCCAUUCUGAAGUAUGUACAAUGAAGGAUGAGAUUUAAUAUUGGCAACUAUUUAAUUAUCAUGUGCUUAGGUAUUUUAAUAGCA